GAACCGAAGAGUUGACUGAUGCUCACGCAGUGCUGAAAGCCUGCCAAGCUGUGAAUAAGUGGAAAUUGGCCACUGAAGCCGGAGCGGGCGUCGUGUCUGUGUCUGUGUGCAGAGAGGACAGAGGAGGGCGACGGCUCAGGCCUGCUGCAUUGCCUGCUCCCAACCCCUGCUUCUGGCUGAAGGUGGUGGUGACUGGGGGAUGCAGAGAGGAUGCUGUUGCCUGGGAACAAGUAACCCGGCGAAGCACGUGGAUUCCAUCCUAAAAGUAGCUACACCACUGUCAUUAGAGCCAGAAGAAAGGAAGAAGAACUAAAAAGUUUCCAAGUAUCUCUGUGCCAGUUCCAGCUACCUCCCUGCCUCUAGAUUCUAAACAUGCUGAAUCCAUCUCUAUGAGUUCUGUUUCUGUGGUCCAUUGGUUACCACCCAUCUGAUAAUGCUUCUGCUGCACAAAAAGACAAGUCUCUCUUCCUCCUCUGAGCCAAAGCUGAGCACUGCUGCUCAGGGCCCCACUUCCAGCUUCAAGUUUCAGCGGUCACCUUCAGCUGUCCAGAUCAUGCCUCUGCUACUCACCUUGAUCCUUGCUAUUUGCACUGGACUUGGCUUCUUAGAGUCUCCACCCAGAGUACGACUGGUGGGAGGUCCCCACCGCUGUGAAGGGCGAGUGGAGGUGGAGCGGAAUGGCCAGUGGGGCACUGUGUGCGAUGAUGGCUGGGAUCUGCAGGAUGUGACUGUGGUGUGCAGGGAGCUGGGCUGUGGAGCAGCCAAGAAAUCCCCUACUGGUACUCAGUACGGGCCUUUGGCACAGAAAGAUCAGAGCGUCCUCACCCAAAAUGUCAAUUGCAAUGGGAUGGAAGACACAUUGGCUCAGUGUGAGCAAGAUGAAGAUGUUUUUAACUGUGCACAUGAAGAGGAUGCCGGGGCAUCAUGUGAGAAGCCCGAAAGUUCUUCCUCUACAGACCCAGACAGCUCUUUCUCUAUGGUCCAGGAGGUCCCUUUCUUCCUAGUCCCAGACAGGGUACGGCUGGCCAGUGGCUCUGGGCACUGUAUGGGCAGAGUGGAGGUGGAGCACAAGGGCCAGUGGAGCACUGUGUGCAAAACAGGCUGGAACCUCCAGGCUGCGAAGGUGUUGUGUCGGCAGCUGGGAUGUGGGAAGGCCCUGGUGGCCCAAAGACACUGCAACGAGACUACCCAGGGUCAAAGAUCCAUCUGGAUGAGCAAGAUGGCAUGCUUAGGACAAGAGGCAACACUUCAGAAUUGUGAUUCUGGGCCUUUGAAGAGGAACAGCUGUACCCAUCAUGAUGACACAUGGGUGGAAUGUGAAGGUGCCUUUGACCUGAGGUUGGUAGGAGGAGAUAAGUUUUGCUCCGGGCGGCUGGAGGUGCUGCACAAGAACGAAUGGGGCACAGUCUGUGACGACAGCUGGGGAGAACAGGAAGACCAGGUGGUAUGCAAGCAACUGGGCUGUGGAAAGCCCCUUGUUUCUUCCUCCAGAACCCGGAAAAGAUAUGGUCCUGGGGCUGGCCUCAUCUGGCUGGACGAUGUUCAUUGCUCAGGGAAGGAGGAGUCUCUCUACCAGUGCAAGCACAGGCUUUGGGGGUAUCAUGACUGUGUCCACAAGGAAGAUGUGUCUGUGACCUGCUCAGAAUAGUAUCCUGGCCAUCUUGAUGUCUAACCUGGCCCCUGCUGGUCCUGCAUAUCCCCUAGUUGUUCACCUGAGCCCUAAUAUCCUAGUGGUCACACUGGGCCCCAGACUUCUGCCUCCACUCCCUCAAUCUCUCAGGAAUUUGAAUGCUGUGCUUAGACCUUGAUCUCAGGAACAACAGCCACCUCUCUGUUGCCUGGAGAUACAAGCUGUUCAAUCCCUUUGGAGAAAAUGAGCUUUCCAUUGUGCUUUGCUCACUACUGACCCCUUGGGGUUGUUUCUGGUCCCUAUUUCUUCUUCCCUCCUGCUCUUGGACCAGAUAUGUAGGGCAUUGUUAAAACAGUAACUAUGUCUGUAAGCAACAUCAAAGGAAGAAAACCCCAGAAAGAACAUUUAAAGGAAAUAUGGGUGGAUAAUUUUUGGAAUUUGAGAAAACAGUCUUUUUGAACUGUUAUAGAACUUUAACUGAUCACAGCAAAAAAUAACACCUGACUGCUUUGCUAUUUCUUGGGGGAAGGUAGGCUCCAUUUUCAGUAUCAGAGCAAUGUCCUUUAGCACUAGUUGUUUGCGUGACACUUAGAAAAAGAUGUUUUUCCUAUUUUAGUAAAAUAUCUUCGUUGUCCCCUUCUGUGCCACCUGACAACAUGGUUGGCAUUUGACAAAAGGAAUCCCACAAAUGUACUUUACUUUACCCAAAUAAAAAUGUAUUCGGUAAUGAGAAAGGGUCAGGAAAGAGACAGAAAAGAGAUUAAAGAGAGCUACCAUUGUAUCUCAUGCUACUCAGAAAGUAUCAUUUUCAUUUUAUCAACAAGGACUUUGCAGCCUCUAAACUGGAGGAGAGGCAGAAUGAUACUUAGGAGAGAAUUGAAAUUUAAUUAUAAAUCUCAGCAACUCUAUAUUCUGAGGUUAAGCUGGGCUGGAUCUACACUGUCUCAUAAAUUGGAUCACCCAAUCUCAACAGUUGUUUACAUGAUAAUGCUUUUUUUGCUCACUGGGAAGCAAGUACAUCAGCUUUUCAGUGAGGACAUUUUGAACAGGAUUAGCUAGACGAGAACCUACCAGCAAAUACAGCCAUAUGGGUAGUACAGCUCUCCUCUGGAUAGAGAAUUUUCUUCUUAUUUUCUGUUCCAGUGUAUGGACCAAAGUUAAUUCUGCCUCUCUUUCCUUUCUUUUUUUUAAAAAAAUCAUUUUAUUUUUGAUUACCAUGUAUUAAUUAUGCUUACUAAUGGGGCUCAGUGUGAUAUUUCAACGCAUGCAUAUAGUGGGCAAUGACUAAAUCCAACCUCUCUUUAUUCAUCCUGCCCUCCCCCACCCUCCUCAAACUCUCGUAAUCACUAUUAUACAUUUAGGUGCAUUUUUUUUCAGUUUCCACAUAUGAGAGAACAUGCGAUACUUAUUUUUUACUUAUUUUACUUGACCUAAUAUCGUCUA